AGACGUUUAAUUCGUUGCUAGAUAAAAGGGAACAUGUUAAAUCUUCAUCAAAAUGUUGGGCUUACCAGUGCGCCGUCUGUGGUGUACGAUUUAUGACGUGGACUCUGAAAGAACAGCAUUUAGAAAAUGUGCAUGGACAAGCUAAAAAGACACAUAAGUGUCCAGAAUGCGCAACAAUAUUCUUGACCAGGAACGCCUACAGAAAUCAUUUUGCGACAAUGCACGCGGGAAUUAAUUUCGUUUGCUCCUAUUGUGGUAGAAAAUUCACCACAAAAAGACAUCUGGAACAGCACACUGUUAUCCAUACAGGGAUAAAAUUAUUUAAUUGUCCCAUUUGCUCGAAAUCAUUUCCGAGAAAAGCUAAUUUAACUCAACACAUGUGGAUACACAGCGAAUACAAAAGUUACCGAACCAGUCAGUAGCAAGCAAAUGGCAAAACGGAACGCUCAACUUGUGUUGCAAUACUCAACGGCUUAUCCGUUCAGAACGCGGGGCAACUUGAUGCUUUGUGUCUAUUGUUGCGAAGAAUACGCUGAUCCAAAAGACUAUCGCGAUCACAUGGAUAGGACGCACGAAUCUUUUACAAUAAGCACCGCCUUUGCUCAUGUCGGGAGAAGCAAGGAAUAUCUUAAAGUGGACCUGAGCGAUUUAAAAUGUCGAUUAUGUUUAACUCCGUGUAAUAAUUUAGAAGAAAUAGCUCUUCAUAUUCGUAAUCAUCAUGGGAUCAAUAACAUUGACAUCAGUUUUGAUAUCGGGAUGCACCCCUAUAAAAUAGACAUUGAUAGGUGGUCGUGUUUUCUAUGCAACAAAAAAAUGGCAUCCCUCACAAAAUUAUGCAGACACACUACUUGUCACUACCAAAAAUAUACCUGCGAUGUCUGCGGUAGAAGUUAUUUGACCUACGAGGCUUUGAAAUACCACAUACGUUGCAGUCAUUCCGGUAACUAUGUAUGUAGAAAAUGUUGGACAGAUUUUCCCACGCUUGAAAAGAAAAGGGAGCAUGUAAAAAAUUCUAAGGCAUGCUGGGGAUUUAUCUGUCUUAGUUGCGGAGAAAGAUUUAAGUCGUGGGAAAGUAAACAGAGACAUCUUGUCGAUGUCCACGGUGCUCCAAAAAAAGUGUUUACAUGUCCGGACUGCGAGGAAACCUUUGACAGUCGCAAACAUUUUUAUAAUCAUUUCAAAUUAAACCACAGCGACGAGACUUUCGUGUGUUCUUGUUGUGGACUUAAAUUCACAACUAAAUCACAAUUGGAAGAGCACAGAUCUUGCCACACCGGGGAGAAGCCCUACCGUUGCGACAUAUGUAUGAAAACGUUCUCAAGAACCAAGGGGUUAAAACAGCAUAUGUGGAUUCACAGUGAAAUUAAAAGAUUCGUCUGUACGAUUUGCAACAAACAAUUCUCACAAAAAGUCAGUCUCAAAGGCCAUUUAAUAACGCAUCAUCCGGAAGUCACGGCUAUCUAGAAAAAUUCGUUUUAAGAUAUGUUUUUGUUUUGCCCCUGCGCUUUUAGGAAUUAAUGUAAGAAAGAAUGUGAUUGUUUGAAUGUAAAAGUCCGUAAGAACAGAUGUAGGCUAGUUUUAAUGGUUGUGACAUUGACCAUUUUCUUUUUUGU